AACGGGGUUCCCAUUGGCUGACUGGGGCAGCCAUGCCAAUCGGAGAGGAGAUUAUAGGGAGGCUGCCAAGCGCGGCCGGCGGGGGCUGCGGGUAGGAAGCUAGGGUUAAAGGCAGCCGGGGAGGCUAGAAGGCUGAGAGAGGUCGCUUGGAGCCAGUAUGUCUGUCCGGAGGCACAUUGGGAAUCCUGAGUAUUUGACCAGAAGGAUACCACAGAACCCAAGGUACCAGCAUGUCAAGUCAAGACUGGAUACUGGUAACAGUAUGACUAAGUACAUUGAGAAGCUAGAGGAGAUCAAAAAAAAUUACAGAUACAAAAAAGACGAGCUUUUCAAGAGACUGAAAGUCACUACUUUUGCGCAGCUGGUCAUCCAGGUUGCUUCCCUUUCCGAUCAGUCUGAUCAGACCCUGGAAGUGACAGCCGAGGAGAUUCAAAGGCUAGAAGAAGAUGAUGAUUCUGCAACGCCAGAGCCCGAGGCUGAAGCUGCUGCCAGGACCAAUGGGAAAGGGAGCCCGAGUGAGCAGUCCUCGAGCCCCGUGCAGCUCCCCAGCAGUGUGGGAGCCGGAGACGCCGGCCGCUCGACGCUGCAGAGCGUCAUUAGUGGUGUGGGGGAACUGGAUCUGGACAAAGGGCCAGUGAAGAAAACGGAACCCAGCUUCAAAGACAGACCUUACCCUGACUGCCCCUUCCUGCUGCUGGACGUGCGUGACAGAGAUUCUUACCAGCAGUGCCACAUUGUUGGAGCUUACAGUUACCCAAUUGCAACUCUGUCUAGAACAAUGAACCCUUAUUCCAAUGAUAUUCUUGAAUAUAACGCCCACGGCAAGAUCAUCAUCCUAUACGAUGACGACGAGAGGUUGGCCAGCCAGGCGGCCACCACCAUGUGUGAGCGGGGGUUUGAAAACCUCUUCAUGCUUUCCGGAGGUCUGAAAGUCUUAGCUCAGAAAUUCCCAGAAGGACUGAUUACCGGGUCCCUGCCAGCAUCUUGCCAGCAGGCCCUUCCUCUUGGUUCUGCUCGGAAACGAUCCAGUCCCAAAGUGCCACCCUCCCCAGCUGAGAAUAAGUGGAGAUUUACUGCAGAAGACUUGAAAAAAAUAGAAUAUUAUCUGGCAGAGGAUCAGGGGCCUGCAGACCAUCCGAGCCGAUCGAACCAAGCCCACUUGUCCGGAAGAGACUCCAAGGUGCCUGGUGUCCGCAACAGCCAGAACCUGCCUGCCGGGAACGCCACUGGCCAGCCCAACUCGCGCUCAGUCAGCAGUGGCCACCCCCAAGGCAAACCCUGGAAGUAAAGACUUUGUCCUGCUUAGUCAAAUAAAUGUUUUCUCUCCUUUCGGAGCCCCGA